CAGCGCAUGCUCAUAGGUGGUUCUUUCAAAAUGGGCGUUGAAACGUUGCCUAUACGGCGAAGGUUUCUCGGAGACUUUGCACAGUCUGUCUAUCACCACUGGAGAUAGGACGAACAUCAAAGAGUACGAGAAAUUUAUGACAGCAUGGCAUCCAUUUCAGCUGACCAGAAUACCCCUCAACUGCUGUCAGUUGGAGAAAAGGAUAAGAAACGGUUGCUAGAGGUGUAUGUAAAGCGAAGUUUCAGCCUUAACGAUGGCUCACAAUGUCCUCUGAGGCAGGAGCACAGAUCACGCAAAUGGGUCCUCAUCACUGAGCAGAGGACAAGAGAUCGCAGACAUUCCAGUGAUACAUCUCUGAACUUGACUUCACAAGCCUCCAUCUCAGAUGAGGACAUUAGAUAUGAGCCUGUCAUUGAACCACAACUGGACAAAAAGGAGAUGCCUUCUGAGAAGAAAUCCAAAAAGUGGAAAGUCAGCCUGCGUCGCAACGAUGGCUCUAAUGGGUCGCAGAAGUCCAAUGGCAAAUCCAAGAAGUGGUUUCAAUAUUUGGAUAAGGGCAAGGAGGAUGGUGGGCUAAACAGUGAUGCUUCCCCCCAAACUAGUACAGUUGCUGUUGGAGAUAUUCAUUCAAAGACGCCAGAGUCUUCUACAGUGGAAAGGAAGGACAAAGAAGGCAAGAAGACUAAGAAACCCACUGUAUGGAAGACUUUCUUGAGCUUUUUUUCCAAAGGAAGCAGUGAAAAGGAACAAGAUCAUCAGAGAACUGAAGAAAAGCUCCCACUUUCCCAACCCUCAACACCCCAAAUGUCUUGUUUGCCUUUAGCUGAUGGCAAAUCAAAAGGUGACGUCAACCUGCGCCACUCAAAAUCUUUGAAAAAGAAAAAGUCGCAGAGGAGAUCGUUAAAAUUGAGACGAAGUGGAGAUAUGUCCACUGCCAAAUCUGUUGCGAUGGUGGAACCCACCAACUCGUACUAUGAGAAAGUGUCAGAGGAACUGGAGAAAAUCGUGCAUGAAGUGAAAGACAAUCCAGCCGAUGACAAUGUCACUUCUCAACCAACAGACCAGAUCUCACAAGAAGAGGUUAUCAGGAGAAUCAUAGAACUGAUGAAACAAGAAGGGGACAAACUAGAUAUCGGGCUGAAAGAGAACAGCACCGUGAUCAGUUUUCUGAACAGGAUCACCUAUAGAUCCUUCCAGCAAAUGGCUGAUCAAUAUGUUCAGUCAGAAGUUCCAAAUAAGAACACCUGCCCAACCGUCGUGGCACCAGAGCUGGUGAAGUUCGCCUUCACUCUGGACUUCACUGCUCAAGUCGCUAAUCUGCACCGCCAGGCUACAGGCCACAUCAUGGGCUUGGGGAACCAGUAUCUCCAAGAUCGUUUCACUCACAUGAGCGAGAGCCAUCCGCAUCUCGCUGACAUUAAAGCAAAGGAUCAGAAAACGCAGAACUCUGAGCAAGAAUUCUUAAGCUUGUAGAAGCAUGAGCUUCUAGUUGACAUAGUUUUACUGGAUAUACCUCUGAAAUUUACAAAAAACGACGGAAUGAAGGAUUUUAAAGUUUUUUUUUUUUUUUUGCACAAUAACCCAAUAAUGUGCUAACACACACCAGAAAGAACUGCUUUGCUUAUAUCAUAGAACAUUAUUGAAGUUAUUUGAUAUUUGGGAGAAAAAAACUUUGUGAAUAUUUCUAAAGAAAUCGAAACCAUCAGCCUUUGAGAAUUUGAACAUACUAAACCUUUGCGUAAUUUGUUGCAAAGUGUAAACUAAAAAAACAUACCUGAAGCUAGAGAAAUCUUAAUGUGAAUGUAUUCUGCAAAUGUUUGCACAACUGCAUUCAUUAUUUUUAUUUAUAUAAUGUAAUGUUUUUUGUUUUUUUAUCUGUAUAUUAUACCACUCUCUAAUUAUGUAUUUUAAAUAUGUUGUAACUGUGUAUGCGGGCAUAUGCAGAAUGUUUACACCAUAAUGAUUAAAUAUAGUGAAUAUGUUUUAUAAAGUGUUGUCCAUGAUGUCAUUUAUUCAUUUUCCUCUAAAAUUGUUAAAUACCUCAUUUAAAUUAUCCAAAAUAAAAUAAAAACAUUUAAUGAGCAUAGCAAAUUUAGUUUAUGAAUGAAAAAUAAAGUAAUAUGAUUACAGCCAACUACUGACUGAUCUAGUUUUAUGCUGUGCAAUCUU